UGUGCUUUGCUGCUAACCAAAAGGUUGGCAGUUUGAGUCUACCAGCCACUCCUUGGAAACCCUGUGGGGCAAUUCUACUCUGUCCUAUAGGGUCUCUGUGAAUCGGAAUGAACUCAACAAGCUGUUUUAUAUUAAAGUUGGCUAGUUUUUAAUUGAAAAUAUUUUCUAUUUCUUAACGUUGUUCUGCAAUAAGAAUUAUCCAAAACUUUUGAAUUAAAAAAAAAGCCAUCAGUAGUCUUUUGAUUUCAUAUCCCAAUUGAGGAGCAAGUGAUAAACUUUUACUAAUUGCCACUUCUUCUAAGUGCAGUUUAAAUGUAAAUUUCCCCAAUUAAUAUAACAGGACUAAGCAAAAUUAAAAAUGCCAUUCUUGACAUGCUUCUUGAGUUAAAUUUAGAUGAAUAAUUGUUAACUUAUAUUUUAAUGAUUCAUUCUCCAACCAUCCCUUAGGUCUGGCAUAUAGAUAGAUAGACAGACAAAUAGAUAGAUGAUAGAUGGUGAUGAUGAUAGGUAGAUAGAUAGAUAGAUGAUAGAUAGAUAGAUGAUAGAGAUAGAUAGAUAGAUAGAUAGAUAGAUAGAUAGAUAGAUAGAUAGAUAGAUAGAUAGAUAGAUGAUAGAUAGAUAGAUGAUAGAUGAUAGAGGAUAGAUAUAGAUAGAUAGAUGAUAGAUAGAUGAUAGAUUUUUUUUUUUGGAGGGCUUUGUCAAUGAAUUCCCAUUUACACUUACAGAUGUUAUCUAUAUAACCACCAAUUCAUUUAGAAGAGCUAAAAUAUUCCUGACCCACAAAUGUUAAUAUAAUUUUUAUUACAAUCUAUAGCCAAUACAAAUUCAAAAUUGAAAAAUGGAGUCAAGAAACUUUUUUUUUAAAAGAAUAUUAUACUAUGUUUAACCAACAGUGCAAUUCUAAACUAUAUAUAUGAAGGAAUUGAGUGAAAGAUUUUUUCACAACACGUGAACAUGUCUCUAGUCUAUCAUCAUGAAGAUAUUUACAAGGGGAAUAAUAACUCAUGUUGGCAAAUCAUCUAAAUGUUUAUCCCCAUAUUAUAUUUUUAUUGUGAUCAAUUUUAAAGAAACGUUAUUUUAAUUUUAUUUUUCAAAAUGCCCAUUGCUCAAUAGACACAGAUUCAGUGCAUAAAAACCCCAAACCAAACCCCUUACUGUUGAAUUGAUUCUGACUCAUAGUUCCCUAUAGGACAGGGAAGAACUGCCCCAUAGAGUUUCCACGGAGUGCCUGGUGGAUUCAAACUGCUGACCUUUUGGUUAGUAGCCAUAGCACUUAACUACUACAUUACCAGGGUUUCCUAUAUAAAAACAGGGAAAGACAUAGUCACCUAAGCUGAUUAAAGGGAAUUCUACUGCAUUUAAUAAUCAUUUUGUUUUCUCUCAAAGGUCAAUCAAUGUUGUUACAUGGAAUUUUCAGAUAUGGUCUGCUUUGUUUUGAUUUAAGCCAUGAAGACAGAAAAUCAAACUUUUGGAGCAGAGUUUAUACUUCUUGGCCUUUUCCAAUAUGGCCAAAUGAACAAGAUACUCUUUGUUGCCAUUGUUAUCAUCUUCUCAGUGGCUUCGAUGGGAAAUAUCAUACUGAUCCACCUCAUCCGAUUGGACACUCCACUCCACACUCCCAUGUACUUCCUCCUCAGUCAGCUCUCCUUCAUUGACAUGAUGUACAUCUCCACCACAGUACCCAAGAUGGCAGCAAACUUCCUGUCAAAUAGUAAGGCCAUUACUUUUUUAGGUUGUGAGAUUCAAAGCUUUCUGUUUUUGACUCUCGGUGGAACUGAAGCUCUUCUUCUUGGUUUCAUGUCUUAUGAUAGAUACAUAGCAAUCUGUCACCCUUUACGUUAUCCUGUGCUCAUGAGCAAGACGAUCUGUUUGUCCAUGAUCACAUGUGCAUGGGCCAGUAGUUCUAUCAAUGCUUUAAUACAUACACUGUAUGUAUUUCAACUUCCAUUCUGCACAUCUCGGAUCGUUAAUCACUUCUUCUGUGAAGUUCCAUCUCUAUUGCCUUUGGUGUGUCAGGACACCUCCCAGUAUGAGUAUACUGUCCUCCUUAGUGGCCUUAUCAUUCUGCUACUACCAUUCAUAGCCAUUGUGGCCCGAGUGCUUAUUGCGGUGUACCAGAUGAGUUCAGGUAAAGGGCAGACAAAAGCCAUCUCCACAUGUUCCUGUCAUCUGAUUGUGGCAAGCCUAUUCUAUGGGACUACUCUCUCCACCUAUACAAGGCCACAUUCCUUGCAUUACCCUGAGGAAGAUAAAGUGGUGGCGGUGUUUUACAGUAUCAUUACACCUCUUCUGAACCCAUUUAUCUACAGUCUGAGAAAUAAGGAGGUCAUGGGGGCCAUGAGAAGAGUGCUGGGAAAAUGGAUAUUUGUACAGAAAAUAUGACUUUAGGAACCCCUUAUAGUUUGAGACUGAACAACAUGAUUUGAUUAGCCUACUGUCUAGAGAUAUGUAAGCUCAAAGAAAUGUUUACAAAAUAAA